AUGGCUUGUUUGAGGACGAUCGGGAUGUAUCGCCCGUCGGCGGUACCUUCGACCUAUAGUAAAGCAUUCCUAGCUUCGGCUUUUAUAUUUAUAGUUCAGCGGACCCGAGCGAAUCUAUCGAGAUAUCUAAUAAGAGAUUAUCACCUUCCUCUACGAGAUACGCAAACCGACCCUCGUUCGCGCGGGGGUCUUGUGGACGAGGAUAUCUCUAGUGAUAAUAAUGACUACGAUCGUAUUCUUAACGCGUACUACGAUAGGUCGCCCCUCGAGUUGCUCGAGUCGUCCGUAGCAAUAGCAGAGGCCGAGGAUUUUAUGUUAUUUGCCGAAUGGGAUAGUAACGGUAAGGGACUCGCCGGCCUUAAGUGCGACGAUACGACGCGGCUACCUUUCCGUCCGGAUGGUGUUUCGGUAGACGGAGCUCGGUUUCUGUCUGUAUGUCCAGGAGGCGGAUUGAUGGAGUCACCGUAUGAGCUGUAG